AUGACAAAGGGAUAUUUGACAGCUACUUUGCGGUACUGCAGGUAUCACCAGAACUGCCAAAAGACGUCAUACUGGUUCGAAGCAGCAUUUAUCAGGCUGACACUCUGCAUUUUCGCCAUGAAACGGGUCCUCGGACCAAAGGUCUUUGCGGGUGGUAGCCUGGUAGGUGGGUGGGAAGUUGGACGGAAGGGCUAUAAUUGUUCCGAACGAGGCAACCAGAAUUGCGGCGCGGAAGGGCACACGCUGUAUGACGAGACGCUAAGCCUCAGCUGCAUGACCAUAGUAGGGGCCAGAUUGAGUCCAGGCCGUUCUAUGCAAGGCCGUGUGCAACCACGAGAGUUGAUGACGCCGUUGAUUGAUUGGAAUGCAUGCAGCUGGAUAACAAUGGCUGCAGUAGCAGGCUCCUCUCGAGGCUGGCACAGCGACUGCUACGAGUAG